AUCAGCUCACUAAAACUCUCGCCUGCAAGCUUCUUUCAGCCGACAAAGCUUGCUAACGAAUAGAAGCUCGCCGAAAAAUUCCCAAAUCCAAGCUCGCCUGGAAAAAUUCCUAACGCAAGCUCGCUUGGAAAAAUCCUCAACUCAAGCUCGCCUGAAAAUUCGAACUCAGACCUCGCCUGUAAUCGAGACCAAUUUCGCCUUAAUCGAGUUCGAAACUCGCCUGCAAUUAGGGCUCGAGCUUGCCUGAGGCACGAGCUCGCCUGAUUUAGGGCUUGAGCUCGCCUGAAGAGGUUGCUGAAAAGUUCGCCUGUCGACGUGGCCGACGGAGAUCGCCUGCAACAGAUCAGAGCUCGCUUGAAUCGGUGAUCUUGCGAGCGCUGAAAUCACGAUCUCUUUCUUGACGGCGAUUAAUUCAUUGAUCAAAGCUCAGAAAAUGGUGUGGAUCCUGAUUGCAAUUGGCGCCAUCACGAUUUGGGCAGCGUCCCUCUUCAAGAUCUUCAUCUCUUCACCUUGCGUCCCUUCGAAUCUCUCUUUCCUUUCUAAAAAUGGAUCAACGAACAAGGACGGGGAGAAAAGAAAUGUGCUGUUGGUGAUCGCACAUCCAGAUGACGAGUCUAUGUUUUUUGCUCCAACCCUUCUUUUCUUGGCUUCUCAGGGGCACAGUCUCCAUGUUUUAUGCUUGUCUACCGGUAAUGCUGAAGGCAAGGGAAAUGUCCGUAAAGAAGAGCUCUAUAGGGCAUGUGCCACUCUUAAGGUUCCCCAGCAACAAGUUAAAAUCUUGGACCAUCCAAAUUUACAGGACGGAUUUCACCAUCCAUGGGACCGUCAGUUAAUAGCAACGAUUGUUGAAGAGGAAAUCAAAUCAUGCAAUGUUGACUCAUUACUUACGUUUGACGAAUUUGGUGUUUCGGGCCAUCCAAAUCACUGUGACGUUCAUCAUGGAGUGUGCAAUCUACUCAAGAAAAGUUCACAAACGAUUGAAGCUUGGGAACUUGUUAGUAACAGUAUCCUUCUUAAGUAUACUGGCCCAGUGGCUAUCUGGCUCUCAACAUGCUUUCGAUCUUGCCAAGGAGAAAGAGUAUAUAGCUUGAUAAAUGGCAAUCCUCGCAAAAGCUAUCUUGCAAUGGCUGAACAUAAGAGCCAGUGGGCUUGGUUUCGCAAAUUAUUUGUGCUGUUUUCAAGUUAUACGUACAUGAACACUCUUCAAGAGAUCCGCGUCUAGCGUUUCAUGGUGUACUUUAAAUCAUCUAUCUUUUCGAGGACCUGUAUAAAUUAUUACUGACCUGUUUAGAUCAGAGGAAGAGGAAAGUUGGAGUUAUCACAGGUUGAAAGCAAGCUGCCAAAGAUACUUUGCACAAGACUCCCUCAGCCAAGAGAGGUGGUGGGAGUUACCCACAUUUUUCAUUUUACCGCUAGGUCGGAUUCAUUGUAUAUAAACAUAUUGGACUCUGGCUAUCCUUGGAACUGAGCAAAAGAAAUUGUGCAAAAUGGAUGACUCUGGAGAACUGACUGAAUCUUGGGCUCUUCUAGUGAAGGGGCCAAAGCUGAUCUGCAGUUACUCAUGUUGAAACCUUAAAUGUUCAUGUUCCGUCUCUUUGUGUCCUUUUUUCCCAUGUAAAUGGAACUUUAAUAAUGGUUAUAACUAGAAAUAUUUGAAUAGAGUUUUGAUUUCAGUGGAAAUGAAAAUGCAUCGGUUUGAAUGUUACCCGUUCA